AUGAACAUGCCGGAUUUUAACAUUGAGGAUCUUCUCGAUGAGCAACCAGGACCCUCUUCACGACAGGCAAACCCCCCUACAACACAUCACAAUGAAGACAUGUCUUUCGACUCAUCUCAAUCACCUAGAAAUGAGCGUUUGGGCAGGGGAUAUAGAGAGCGAAGGACCACUAGGUGUGGAACUGGGGGUCAUCUUCGAUGA